UUGCCCUCUUCUUCCUUCGACGCCAAGGGAUGCGGUUGUCUUCCGAGUUCCAGCGACGGCAUCACGGCAGCGCGAAAGAAGCAAUGAGGGGAUCGAGGAAAUUGUACGCUUGGGGAGCGGCCAUCGUUAUUUUCGUCGUUUUGAUGAUCGUCACUCCGGCGAUCCCUCAAUCUCAGGAAUACCAUGACUUCGCCGAUCAACGCGAGUUGUUCCUCGGAAUACCCAACACAUUAAAUGUGAUUUCGAACAUUCCUUUUCUCUUUAUUGGGAUUGCUGGGUUUAUACUUUGCUUUCACAGGAACUACUUUAAGUUAAGAUUGGAGGGUGAGACCUGGGGUUGGUCAAUCUUCUUUCUUGGUGUGGCAGCUGUUGCAUUUGGUUCUUCCUAUUACCACCUCAAGCCAAAUGAUGCUACGCUUGUUUGGGAUCGCUUACCUAUGACUGUUGCUUUCACAUCUAUCAUGGCCAUUUUCAUCAUUGAGAGGGUUGAUGAGAAGACUGGAACAACAUCAAUUGCACCACUCGUUAUUGCGGGUAUAUUUAGCAUCUUAUAUUGGAGAUUUUUUGAUGAUUUGCGGCCAUAUGCGCUUGUUCAGUUCCUUCCUUGUAUCAUUAUUCCUUUGAUGGCUAUACUGAUUCCACCAAUGUAUACACAUUCAUCAUACUGGUUAUGGGCAGCAGCAUUUUAUCUUUUGGCGAAAGUGGAAGAAGCUGAGGAUAAGCAGAUCUACAAAUUUACGCAUCAAACUCUCAGUGGACACACCCUUAAGCAUCUAUUUGCUGCAAUGGUUCCUGUUUUCUUGGCACUCAUGCUUGCCAAGCGAGAAAUUGAACCUGACAGGACGAGUUUGCUUCACAAAUGGAGGAUUCAAUGGAUUACAAUAAGAAACAAGCACUUUAAGGCUGAAAGCAUUGAAUGUGAAUACUCUUCAGUUACUACAACAGACGUCUAAUUUUCUCGAUAUAUUUGUCACUGAUGCAGUUUGCCCUGUGUAAGAUAAGUUAUAUUAACCUCACUAAAAUCUAUUUGAAACAUAUUUGCAGUCAAAAUUUUGCAAUAUAGACAAACUUUAUAUUUUAA